UUCCAGCAUGUGAUGAUUUAGAAUGUUUUUACUUUCAUUUUUAAAGUUUUUGUAGAUCUUGUGCCAUCUCUUGGGAUUCAGCUUAACUCAGGGAAAAACAAAUAUACUCGAGUCUAGAUAAAAAUCAGAGAAUCACUAACCUAGCGAGGAGCAUUAGUCUUCUUUGUGAAGCUUCGAUCCUGAGCUGUUUCAGUUGCUAAGGAUUGAAGAACACACAGUUGAGUUAUUAAAUCCAUCCCAUUUAAAAACAGUGAUUACCUUUGCUUAAAAACUAUGAGAAUAGGUUCAAACGCCUUGAAAUCAUGGAUCAUCCUGCGACCGCGAGAAUCGCUAUCAUUGGAGCUGGUCCAAGUGGAUUGUCUCAAAUGAGAGCGUUCGCCUUGUUAGAGUCAAGUGGCCAGAAAAUUCCGGAGAUUGUUUGUUUUGAAAAGCAAAACGAUUGGGGUGGGAUGUGGAAUUACACGUGGAGAACGGGAUUCGAUGAAUACGGAGAACCUGUACACGGAAGUAUGUAUCGCCAUUUAUGGUCGAACGCACCUAAAGAAUGUCACGAAUUUGCCGACUAUAGUUUCGAUCAUCAUUUUUCAAAAUCAAUCCCGUCUUUCAUACCGCGGGAAGCAUUCCGUGACUACAUUCUUGGGAGAGCUGAAGAAUCAAAUAUGCGACGGUGUAUUCAAUUCAAUACCGUGGUAAGUUAUGUGGAGUUUGACCGCGAGAAAGAAAUUUUUUGUGUCCGAAAGAAGAAUCUAACUACGGGGAAAAGCAGCAUCGAGGACUUUGAUUAUGUUAUUGUUGCCGUUGGCCAUUUUUCGAUGCCAAAUGUCCCUUACGUAGAGGGGAUAGAAACGUUCCCCGGCCAAGUCAUUCAUAGUCACGACUUUCGCGAUGCUAGACAAUUUGCUGAGCAGAGCAUCCUUGUUAUUGGUGGAAGUCUUUCCGCCGAAGAUAUCGCAUUGCAAACAUUUAAAUUUGGUGCCAAAUCCAUAACCAUCAGUUACCGAACGAAGCCCAUUGGAUGCAAAUGGCCGAGUAAAAUCGAAGAAAAGCCACUCCUUACCAGAAUGGAAGGAAGAUCAGCUCAUUUUCCUGAUGGGAGUGAACGCAACUUUGACUCCAUCAUCCUUUGUACCGGCUAUAAACAUCAUUUUCCUUUUUUGAAUGACGACCUAAGGCUUGUCACUACGAAUUGUUUCUACCCUAGCCAGCUCUAUAAAGGUAUUUUCUUCCAAGAACAGCCACGUCUGAUAUACCUUGGAAUGCAAAAUUUAUACUUCAGCUUAUCGCUAUUCGAUGCUCAGACAUGGUAUGUUCGGGAUGUCAUACUUGGCCGGAUACCAUUUCCAAAUAAAUUACAGCGCGCAGAAGACAUGUUGUCGUGGAAAACUCGUGAGGAAAAAAUUAAAGAUAAACUAGACGCGUUAGAUUUUCAAACAGCCUACUUGAAAGAACUGACUAGUGCUACUGAUUAUCCCCUCGAUGAUUUGCGUUUAAGUGGAACAGCAGCUACAUUUAAAAACUUCCUGGACGAUAAAGAGUCGAACAUUAUUAAUUAUCGCGACAAGCAAUAUACUUCAUCGAUUACAGGCACUAAAGCGGUAAUGCACCCAACUCCAUGGAUGGAAGUAAACAAUUACUCAAGCGUUGAUUUUCUAUAAACGUACUGUACAUAUUAUUAUAAUACUUUACCGUUGUCAAAUUUACUUCAAACUUGGUUUACUGUUAGUCAAGAAAAUGUUCAAAUCUUGAAAAAUAUACUAAACAUUCCAGUUUAA